CUUCACUGCUGUUCCCAGUGUCUUCCCUGCAAAGUGUAGUUCUGUACAUCUAGAGAGAGAUAGAGAGAGAGAGAGAGAGAGAGAGGGCAGAGGAUACUCCGUAAAAGAAAAGAACAAACUAUGCAUACCCACAAGUUCAAACAAGGCAUCCUUUUAUAGCACCUAGGAAGGUCAUAGGUACAGGCUUACAAUAUAGCUUAGUAUCUUCCUUAAAGUGCGUUCCAACUUCCAACAACUAACUCCCUUUCAAUCAGUUCUGGGAAUGGGUUUUUGGUAACAGAGGUAAAGGUUUUGGGGGAGCUAGAAGAGAAUUUGAACCAGAAAUGUCUGUGAAGAGCAGAGGUGGAGGCGGGGAGGUGGUUUCCAAAAGUCUAAUUUCUAAAAAAUGGACGCUUUUGCUUUGUAUCAGUAGCUUCUGUGCGGGAGUGUUCUUCACCAACAGAAUGUGGACUGUUCCGGAGUCAAAAGGGAUUACAAUAACACCUUCAGCUGAAACUGAAGGUCUGAAGUUGAUCUCGGAAGGUUGCGGUACAAAAUAUUUGCAGCCGAAAGAUGUGAAAGUAUCCAAAGACGUUUUUGGGGAAGUUUCUAAAACGCAUCAUGCCAUUCAGACGCUAGAUAAAACCAUUUCGAAUUUGGAGAUGGAGUUGGCUGCUGCAAAGGCGGCUCAGGAAUCAAUUCUUAGUGGCUCUCCUAUGUCGGAGGACGGUGAGAAGAGCGGUUCAUCUAAAAGAAGAAAAUAUUUCAUGGUUAUAGGAAUAAACACUGCAUUUAGUAGCAGAAAACGAAGAGAUUCAGUUCGCACCACGUGGAUGCCACAAGGUGAAAAGAGGAAGAAGCUAGAAGAAGAGAAAGGGGUAGUCAUUCGCUUUGUAAUCGGUCACGGUGCGACAGUAGGUGGUAUUCUAGACAGAGCUAUUGAAGCUGAGGAUAAAAAGCAUGGAGAUUUCUUGAGACUGGAUCAUGUUGAGGGGUAUCUUGAGCUGUCUGCCAAGACGAAGACUUAUUUUUCCACUGCUGUUAAGCUAUGGGAUGCAGAGUAUUACAUAAAAGUAGAUGAUGAUGUCCAUGUAAAUAUAGGAACACUAGGCGAAACGCUAGCUAGACACCGUAAGAAACCACGAGUGUAUAUUGGGUGCAUGAAAUCUGGACCUGUUCUAUCUCAGAAGGGAGUAAGAUACCAUGAACCUGAGUAUUGGAAGUUUGGGGAGACUGGGAACAAAUAUUUCCGUCAUGCUACAGGACAAUUAUACGCCAUCUCAAAAGACUUGGCUACAUAUAUUUCAGCGAACCAACAUGUACUGCACAAAUAUGCUAACGAGGAUGUCUCAUUGGGGGCCUGGUUUAUUGGGCUAGAUGUGCACCACGUAGAUGAUCGGAGAUUAUGCUGUGGAACUCCACCUGAUUGUGAAUGGAAGGCUCAGGCGGGCAACAUUUGCGUUGCUUCAUUUGACUGGACGUGCAGCGGGAUAUGCAGGACAGUUGACAGGAUAAAGGAAGUCCACAGGCGGUGUGGCGAGGGAGAGAAAGUCCUGUGGAAUGCUGCUUUCUGAAACUGGCUGGCAUGGCGUUUCUUCCAACCUCUGGAAGAUGCAAAACUGGCAGGGCGGGCUCACCGGACCUGCAUUUCUGUUCUAUAUUUCUAUAGGUUGAAGAUAUAAAAUAGCGAUACCCAUGGAGAGAAAGAGGGAGAGAUAGGUGAACAGAAAGAGGGCUUAGCGGCUGUGCAGAUGUUCUCCAUUUUAGUAGACGAGAGUGUCUCUGCCAAAGCGGCCAUGAAAACGCAGGCAGGCGACUCUCACUGCUAGCUUUUUUUGGUCUUGUUUUCCCACCCUUUGCCGAGCAGGCAAAAUUGUAAGUGAUGCUCGAUGGAUUAUAAUGUGCAUUCUUAAUAAGUGCAGAUCAAUAAUAUAUAUUGCAGUGCCAGUGAGCCCUUGCACACAAGAA